GAGUCGCGGCUGCGCUCCCCACCUUCGAGGCUGGCUACGAUCGGCCACCUUCGAAAUCCCUGCCUCCGUUGCAAUGCUGCGCACUGUUUGCACAGUUUACUGUCAAACAUUGGCCGCAAAGCGGCACAGUAGAGAGGAGGGACGUCGUCGGUUGAAAACGCCAAACUUAACGACGAUUGGUGCAAAUGGUGUUUGUACACGAGGUCGGGGGCAAAGGAGGUGUGGCUAUUCGAGCCAUAUAUAUAGGAUGAGUGGCGGGGAUGACAGCAAAUACGCGGCAUAUCUCCGACAGGCAACAUCGGUCCUCGCUUAUCGGUUGUGUCGAGGACUAAGCGGGAGUAUAGGAAGAUACAGGGCGUAGCUUAUCGGUCGAUCGAGGACAGUGCUUUUUGUGCGUUCAAAUGUAUUCGAAAAGGGAAUUUGCUGUGUGAACACUGUUGUGAUAGCGCCGGUCGCUUUCGUUUUCUUUUUUUUCUUUUUGCGAUUGGAAAAGUGCGGAUUCUCCUAGCGACACGUGUUAAAAGUAUGGUGAAUAUGGAAGGAUCGGGCGAGCAGCAAACGGUGACAGCGUCGCCGUCGCCGCGCGUUGUCCUCAAAAGCAGUUUCAGUAUUCGCAGCAUCCUGCCGGAGGCGUGCGCUGGAACGCCGGCACCGACCGUCCGGCGAUCCGCGUCUCCGGAGAUCAGCCACGUCGACGAUAGCGAAGAUUCGAGCGAUCUCGACGUGACAGGGGACGGUGGCAGCGAGACGCCGCCCUUGGACUGUUCCAGAAACGCCGUCAACUCGGCCAACUCGUCCGAGCAGAAGGACUCGAAGGAUCGACAGGCGGACGAUAAGAAGAAGUGCGAGAAGCCGCCUUACAGUUACAACGCUCUUAUCAUGAUGGCCAUCCGUCAAAGUCCGGAGAAGAGGCUCACUCUGAACGGCAUCUACGAGUACAUAAUGCGCCAUUUUCCUUACUACGAGAAUAACAAACAGGGCUGGCAGAAUUCCAUCAGGCACAACCUCUCGUUGAACAAGUGUUUCGUUAAAGUUCCCCGACAUUACGACGACCCGGGAAAAGGAAAUUAUUGGAUGCUGGAUCCGAGCUCCGAGGACGUGUUCAUCGGAGGCACGACCGGUAAGCUUCGUCGAAGAACCACGGCGGCCUCCAGAUCGCGAUUGGCUGCGUUCAAGAGAAGCGUGGUACUCGGUGGACUGUAUCCAUCGGCGUACGCUCCCCCAGGAUGGCCAGCUUCCCUCUACACGCUGCCUUAUCUUCAUCGGGCCGCCGGUUAUCCGCCAGCGACCGGAGCCUAUUCCACUCCCGCGGGAUAUCCAGCGAGUUUAUUGCCCGGCGCGGCGACCAGUUCGGCCACCAAUUUACCUUGCAAGCCGCAACCAUUGCCAGCGGCAACCGCAUCCCCGCAGCACGGCGCGUUCUCCAUGGAGAGGUUGCUGCAGCCUCCGACCGCCGCUGGAUAUCCGACCGGUAUCGCCACAUCCGCCAUUCCCGUCUCCGGCAGUCCCUACGACUUCUACUCGACCCUCAGGUCGUUGGCGGCGCAUCAACAGCAUCAGAGUUCCGCCGCGGUGUUCGCCCACAAUCACCAGCCACCUAGAUAUCACGUGAACCAGCCGCCGCUUUUAGGGCAGGCGACAUCGGCUACGGCGUCGCCAGGAAGCAGUCCGGAGCCGAUGUCGCCGAACUCGCCCCCCAUAGCCGUCUGUAAUACCGCUGUUGUACAGCAACCGAGAUCUCUUCCGCACAGUCCGCCUCAACUGCUGCUGAAACCGAUCACAGUUCUCACCGGAAGACAAAGCUGAACGAUCUCGCUGGUCUAGUUUCGGUCAUUUCACGAGUAACGUUCGUACGGCUGUUACGAUACCGGCGAGCAACGUAGGUAGCUCCGACGAGGUAGCCGAAGACCGAUCGACUCGCAACUCGCGAUUCGUUCGCUCCGGAUCGGAGUGCGUUCGCACGCACGUUCCAACGUUAUUGCCAGUUUCUCUCCUCUCCACCCGGUUAAUACCGUACACCGUGAUAUAUUGUAUGUACAUUUAUUUUCUUUUCUUCUUCGGUUGAUUUCUGUAAAUACUAGCUUUUAAGAUUUAUCGAACUACGUCGAUCGAGCGCAAUCUGUAAGAUUUGUCAUUCCAUCGAUCGUCGAUGUUCGAUCGUUAAAUCGUAGCAGAGUAAUAUAAUGACAACUGUGAAUAUAAGACACGAUUCAUUUAGAUGAUCUCUCGUCGCCGAUCGUGCACCUCGAUAUUUCCCGUUUGAAUGCGAAUAUCACGUAGCGAGUUGUAACUCGGUGAUAUCCGCGAUUCGUUCGUUAAAACUAUGUACAUAGUUGAUAAUUGUUAUUACUAUAAGGUAUAGACACGACACGUGUAUAUAUGUAUACUACCAAACAGAUCGCGAUUAUGUUGCUCUAGCAGCGUAUAUAUAAUCGUUAAAAUAAAUGUUUAAAACAUUUUUUAGAAAUUUUGCCUUGUGAAUUACGAUCACCUUGCAACCUUUUUCUCACUUGUCCCACUACCGAUCGAUCUUUCUGUUAAUUCGCUCCAGAUACGUUCUACUCGUUCCUUUAUUUAUUACGUUCGAUCCCAAGGGAAAGUAAAGUCGUCGAAUUACCACGAGUCCCCGUUGUUCCAGCUCUGACAGUUCAAUCUCCUUCUGUUCCUUGCGCACGGCGGAUCCUCGGCGUAAUCGUGUUCGCGCGUCGACGUUGGUCUAGGAUUUCGAACGAUUACACGCUCGUCCAGUUGCUGGAAUACGCGCGAGCAAUAGGCUGAACGUAGUAAAUUUCCGCGGAGCACGCAACGAAGCUUCGUCUACGGGGAUCGUAAAAGUAACAGGCAGAACCCAACGGCUGUCAAAACACGGCGCGGGAUACAAGUUUCGUUCGGUUAAAGUCAAUGGAUAACGAAGAAACGAAGCGAGGUCGAAGCUUGGAAAUCGGAAAUUCUCUAUUGGUUUAGUGCUUCAAUAUAACCAUAAAACCAUAUUCCAGUGACCUUGGUGGGUAUUCCUCCGUGGCCUUUGAUUUCACCAAAUUAGCCCGGCUCCAGCCUCUCUUCGUCCAACGUAGUCGUUGGCUUCGUCCUUUCCGCAUUCCUGGGGCUUCUUUCUUUUCUCUCCUCUGGUUGCUUCGCACCGUGGAGAAAACGUUCUGUUUGGUUUCUACGUUGACCUUCUUCUCCGUUUCUUCCCACUGAGGUGGUAAGACGUACGCGUCCGAUCGAAAUACUCGUCGACCUCGCAAUUAUCGCGACGUUAUCCAUCGUCCUUUUCGUCCACUACUUUUCCCGUCAGCUACUAGAGAGAGACUGGAUCUCGCAGAGCUUAGCAACGUGGGCAAUUUUACGCGUUUAUCUAAUACAAUAAUAGCGCAAGGAAAUUCUUUUAAAAAAUGCAGCGAACAUGAACACGUUUUGCAAAUAUAAACUAACAGGCGAGUUAUCGACAAAAUUGCGAUUUGCCUUGGUCGAUGAAAGAACGAACGAUUUAACGCCCAUUUCGUCACUGUACGACGACAACGAUCUUCUUUCUCGACCAUCGAAAUGUUCGAAAUCAAUCGAUUUGUCUUUUCGAGCAACAGAGCAACGGUAAAGAUACGACUGGUUCUCGUACCGGAGGAAAGAAUACGCGAAGAAAGCGAUCCCGCGUUACAUCCGUGUUAGGAUAAUUCGUAGCACUUGGGAAACUUUAUCCUCUUUUCUCACUUUUACGUAUCGCGAAUGGUUCGUUGGUUAACCCUUAGAGUGCUGAAUAGUCGGAGCCUAUGCCAUCCGUACGGACGGCACGCUGCCAGCGCUGACGAUCGCUGUGGACUGAAUACUUUUUCGCUAUACCGGACUCUGUUG